AUGAGAUACUAUGGCCUUCAAGCAUUUGGAGACAUUUGGCUUGAUGAUCCCGCAACUGAUAGGAAAACUAAGUGCUCUAGUAGUUUCGUGGAGAAACUGAAGCAACAAUUUGGAUGGUUUGGUAUUGGUGUGGAUGCGCAGGGCACCUCUGGUGGGUUAGCUCUCCUGUGGAAAAAAGAUCUUGACAUAUCAUUGAACCGAUUCGCAAGUAAUUUUAUUGAUGCCAAUGUUCAUAUGCCAAAUUACACAUGGCGUUUAACUGGCUUCUAUGGACACCCUGAUGCUUCAAAGCGAAAAUAUUCCUGGGACUCUCUUUGCCAACUAAGCUCCCAAUCUCGGCUCCCUUGGCUUUGUAUUGGUGAUUAUAAUGAGGUCCUCAACCAAAGCGAAUUUGAAGGUUCUGGUCCACGAAAUAACUGGCAAAUCAUGAAUUUUCGUCAGGCCUUGAUGGAUAGUAAUCUGCAUGAUGUGGGCUAUGAAGUUUUUAGUUUCGAGAACUUCUUUAAAUCUUCAAAGACUACAAAUGAGGCGAAGAGACAUAGACGUUUUAGGUUCGAAGCCAUGUGGAUAAAGGCGGAUGAUUGUGAAAACGUAAUUCGUCAAUCUUCGGAGAGUACAUCUGCGGAUAAUGCUUGUGUUAAUUUGUUCAAGAAAACGGAUAAAUGUCGAAUGGGCCUUUUACAAUGGAGCAAAUCAAAAUUUGGUAAUGUUUGUUCUGCAGCAGACGACCUAAGGAAAAAGAUUGCUAAGCUGCAGCAGGGGACUCUCUCUGAUGCUGUUAAUUCUCAUAUUGGGACUUUAACAAGUCAAUUAGAGGCCAUUUUGGAUCGGGAAAAUACUAUGUGGAAGCAAAGGAGCAAAACUCACUGGUAUCGGGAGGGGGAUCGGAAUACAGCUUUUUUCCAUGCACAGGCAUCCAAGCGAAGGAAGCAAAAUCAGAUAAAUGGCCUCUUCAAUGAUGCGGGGCAGUGGUGUAACUCCCAUGAUGAUCUGGAGCACAUUAUCUUAGACCAUUUUGGAUCUAUUUUUUCUAGUUCAAAGCCAUCUCCUGAGAUAAUUGAUGCAGUUUUGCAAAGGGUGCACCCCAAGGUAUCUAGACGAAUUAAUGAUUCGCUUCUGCGAACUUACUCAACCUCUGAGUCUGCUUUUCUUCCUGGUCGUCUUAUUACAGAUAAUAUCCUGAUUGCUUACGAAGUUAACCACUCUCUUAAAUCAAAGUCGGCAGGCAGGGAGGGAUCCAUGUCUAUUAAAUUAGACAUGAGCAAAGCAUUUGAUAGGCUGAAUGGUGUUCAAUUUGGUUAUUUACGACCACAGCGGGGCAUUAGACAAGGCGAUCCAAUUUCUCCGUAUUUAUUUCUUAUAUGUGCAGAGGCUUUUUCCUGUCUAUUGCAAGAAGCAGAGGCUUGUGACGAUACUUUGUUAUUUGGCAAAGCGACCCUACAGGAAGCUCGACAUAUUCAGGAUAUCUUGCAACUAUAUAAGGAAGCUUCUGGGCAAGAGAUAAAUCUUGAGAAAUCAGCUGUGGUUUUCAGUAGUAACACAGAUUUCUCAACCCGACAAGAUAUCACUCAGUUUCUAAAUAUUAAAGAAGUGGUUGCACAUGAAAAAUAUCUUGGUCUUCCCACCAUUAUUCGACGCUCCAAGCGUGAGGUAUUCUCUUCUAUCAAGGAUAGAAUUUGGCAACGAAUUCAAGGAUGGAAUGAACAAUGGUUAUCAAAAGGGGGAAAGGAAGUGUUGUUGAAAGCAGUUGUUCAGGCAAUUCCCACAUAUUCGAUGUCUUGUUUCAAAUUUCCAGAUUCUUUGCUAAUGGAUAUCCAAUCAAUGAUGAGCAAUUUUUGGUGGGGUGAUGGAAAUAAGGCUAGGCCGAUUCACUGGGUUAGUUGGGAUAAACUUUGCAACCGAAAGGAAGAUGGAGGAAUGGGCUUUAGGCAGCUUAAGACUUUUAAUCUCGCAUUGUUAUCUAAGCAAGCAUGGCGUAUUGCUACACAACCAUCUAGCCUUCUUCAUCGGGUAUAUAAAGCUAAAUACUUUCCCAAUACUGAUUUCUUCCAAGCUCAGGAAGGAUCGCGGCCUUCCUGGUCUUGGCGCGGACUAUGUGAGGUCAGGAAGUAUAUUGAGGCAGGAAGCAGAUGGCGAGUUGGUUCUGGCCAGUCUAUCAAAAUCUGGUCAGAUAGGUGGCUUCCACGGCCAUUUACUUUUAAGAUCGUGUCGCGGUCUACUGCAUUGCCCGAGAAUUCCACAGUUGAUUCCCUAAUAGACUGGGAGCGAAAGACUUGGCGAGUUGACUUAUUGCAGGAAAUUUUUUGGCCUGAGGAGACUGAAUUAAUUCAAAGCAUCCCAAUUGGAGACUCUCACAAUAGGGAUAAGCUCAUCUGGCACUUUUUAAAGAAUGGAUCUUUUACUGUGAAGAGUGCAUAUCACUUGAUCAAGCAGCGAUCUUCUAAUUGGGAGAAUUUGCCAUCAAGUAGUAGUGCUUUAAAGCAAAGUGUUUGGGCUCGGCUUUGGCACUUGAAGCUUCCUGAGAAAAUUAAAAUUUUCUUAUGGAGGGCAUGUAAAGAUAUACUGCCAACCAGCACAAAACUCAAUACUAAAGGGCUCCAUUUAGAUACCUCUUGCCCGUUAUAUCUCGCUCCAGUUAAUGAUAUGGAUCAUACCUUCUUAACUUGUCCUGUAGCGGUGCAAACGUGGGCGCUUAGUUUCUUAAGUCAGAAAAUUCAACUGCAAUCGGCUGAUUAG